CAGCUGUGAAUUUCGUUUGAAGUGCGGAAAAGGAUCCACCAAAAAUGUGCAAACGAAUGGUGAGCCUGGGCCGCUAGCUCUCCCACACACAUAAAAUCUCUCACCCUCACUCCUGCUUCCGACGUCAUUUCUACCACAACACCGGGGCAUGAACCAGAUGGAGUCGUUUGAGGAGGCCGCUACGGGUAGCGAGCAGCUGCUGGAUACGCAGAACGAGGUAGGUUCUCCGCUUGAAGUUAAUCUGCGGGGCUCUGCUGACCCUACAAAGAGCAGGCCAGCCAUCCCGUGGGGAGCCAUGGGCGGUGAGGAGCAGAGGAUGCGCACAGCUCGCCUUCCCUACUGCGAUGUCUGUCCAACUCGGCUUCUGGCCUACUGCGCUUGCCCUUUGGAUGGCUUCGAGCCUCGCAUGCCCUCGAGUCGAGCGUGGAAGCAGCCGAAAACCGGCGAGGGUAGCGACGACAUUAGAUCUAAGUUGAGUGGCAAGCGACUUCCUAAGAUGCAAACCCUUUACAACGAUAUCGGUAUGAGUACAGCUGGUCCUGGAUUUGCAAAGCGUCAGAAGAUCGACAAACAAGUGGGUAAAGAGGCCACCAACGAAGGCGAUGAUCAAGUCGACGAGUCCAAUGAGACUGGUGAGAUUCCUGAGAUCAACGAGGACAACCACCGGCUUCUCGCUCAAGCUAGCGAUCCAGUCGAUGAUCAGGAGCCACAUGGUACUCGACAUGCGUCUCCAGCUGAGGUGAUCGUGAUCAGCGACGAUGAUUCUGAUGAUCCAGCAGACGCAUCCUCUACGGUUCAGAAUCCAAUCUUCACCGAGGAAGAGAUGGCACAAGGCGACACAAAGCUUCAGCAAACCGAGAAUGAUCCAGAGGAAGACCUGGCGCAAAAUUGGUCCUCCAUCAAUAUGCUAAACGAUGCCAUCAAACUGGGCUUGUAUGCUCCUGUUUGGGAGCCGCCCAACUUUGAUUUCUACCCAUGA